AUGGCCCGUCGCCUAAACGUCACAAUAACACCAGUACUAGACAGCACAUCGCCAGGAGACGUAGACUAUGGUAAUAUUGUGAAUGGGACACCAACUGGAAUUCUACAGUAUGUUUACAAUGAUACUGUAGACACAAUAGCCAUGACAUACGGCAACGAUGGUCAUUUGGAUUCUCAUUUUACACUGACUACUUCCAUGUUCUAUGUAAGACAAGAUUAACAUGCCUUUAAAAAGACAUUAAAGUCAAAAUAAGUACUAACGACCUUCAAAAUAAAAGAUAACUUUCAGACUAUGGCAAGAAUACUAGCCAUUCGACCAGCUGAUCACUUUGAAAAUUACUUUUCCUUUUUCGGAUCAUACCAAACAAACGCAUGGAUGGGGAUAUUAACCUCACUACUUGUACAAUGUCUAUUUGGUAUUAUAGUGCAUGGAGUUGAACAUAAGUUACAUCAGGUAGAGUAUUAAGACGCUUAAACACUAACAAACCUAGAAAAAGCUGAGUUUGUACUAGCCUUAACACUGAUACACACAAACUAAAUAAACAAAAAAGAUUUCAGAAAAGCGACACAAACUGGAUGGAUGUGGCAUGGAGAAUGUUGAGACUUCAGCUACUACAGCCUCAAACAUGUGAAUCUGGCUUAAUAGCAGGUAAAAUAGGUUAUCAAGUCCAUGAAAACAUAAAAAUGUACCUAGACUAUCUACACAAUAUUUAACACAUUUGUACUAGUAUCUAUACUAUAGGCAUACUAAUAACUAUGCCAUCAACAUAAUAUCUACAUCAUUAUCAUUUCAGGGAAGCUAUCAAUAAUAAUAUUCUCACUAGCCCAAUGCGCGGUUAUUAUGGGUAUCAUGAGUUCCUACCUGUUCUCCAACUUGAUUAAACCUCCAAAUCCAAUAGCCUUUUGCAAUAUUCAAGAAAUGGUCGUUGGUGUGAUGAAGAACGAUGUUCACAUCGUGGAAAUAUCAGACUUUCGAGUGAAGAACGCGUUGAUCCAAGCUGGGGCAUUAGAAGGUAUUGACAUGGAAGAAGUGUUCAAAUACAAUCCAAUUAGGAUAGCUAGUAACAUAAGUGACGCUCUAGAGAAGCUUCAUGAAAAAGGGAGUGUUAUGGUACGAUAUGUAAGGAUUUACUACAAUAUACGUCAAUAUUAUCCAUAACCAGGGACGUCGCUACGGAUUUUCUCUGGGGGAGGGGGGAGGUCGAAAAAAAAAUCCCUGUGGACCGAUUUUUCAAAAUUUUUUUUUCGUUUUUUCGCGUACAGGUCUAUUUUUUUCGGAUCGGCUCUGGGGGAGGGGGGUACCCCCCCCUCCCCCCAAACGACGUCCCUGUCCAUAACGUCAAUAAAAACAUUUAAAAAAUAGGUAAAACUUAAGCUAACAGCUGUUUAAACAAAACUCAUAGCCAUACUUACAUUCAAAAGCCAUGACACCUUUCCAGGACGACGAUGAGUUCCUCUAUCGUGCCAUCAGACACUGUGAUGUUGUUAUGAACGACGAUGCCAUUCAACCAGGUUACAGUUCCUUCGUAUUUCGCAAAAACCAUCCUUUACUGCCACAAGUUAAUCGUAUUUUGUCAGAGGAGAAACUGGAAAUUAGACGUAUUUGGGUGAAGUACAUGGUCAGAUACAAAGAACGGCUUAAUUGUGAAACCGAACCACCUCAAAGCACAGGUAUAAUAUUAUAUUAUAUAUCGCAGUUUUAUUAUAAAAAUUUGAUUUCUUUUAAAUUAUUUCUAACCCAUCGUUCAAAAAUAUUGUUUUUUAUUUAGGUAACAUUUUUCAGGAUCUUCUGCCUAUUUUGGACUUACGUUUGUUACCUUUUGCUUGA